UGACAUCCGUCACUCUUGGACCUCUAUGGAUUCAUUCUCUGGUUCUUUUUGAAAUCUUUCCAGAGUCGUCUCUCUUCAUUCUUCUCGCGUUUACCUUGUCGGUGUGCUUGGAUCAUGGCCAUGAAGGAAACAAUACUCCCUAUCAGCGAGGUGUCGAGUCCGUACCCGGAGGUUGUGGAGCUCAACGUUGGGGGCCAGGUGUACGUCACCAAGCGCUCCACCUUGGUCAGCGUACCUGACACCACCCUCCACACCAUGUUCACGCGGUGUACCCCGCACGAGCUGCCACGUGACAGCCGAGGACGAUUCUUCAUCGACCGAGAUGGAUUCUUGUUCCGAUAUGUGCUGGACUUCCUACGAGAUCGCCAGCUUGUGCUGCCCGAACACUUUCCAGAGCGGGAGCGUCUUCAGAGGGAAGCCGAGCACUUCCAGUUGGGGGAACUGCUGAGACUUCUGGGCCCACGUGUAGCCAAGCAAGGCUCUCUCAACGAUGAAGGCUGCCAGAGUGAUAUUGAGGAAAGUUCACAGAGUAGUGAGUUGGUGACUCGAACUGGACACCAUGCCAUCAAUUACGCAACUACUUCUUCCACGUUGGACAAGAGGUCAGGGUUCAUUACCAUUGGUUAUCGGGGAUCCUACACAAUGGUGAGGGAUAAUCAAGCAGAUGCAAAGUUUCGGCGCGUGGCACGGAUCAUGGUCUGUGGGCGCAUCGCCCUGGCAAAGGAAGUGUUUGGAGACACUCUAAAUGAAAGUCGGGAUCCGGAUCGCCCACCAGAGAAAUACACCUCCCGCUUCUACCUGAAGUUCACCUACCUGGAGCAAGCGUUCGACAGGUUAAGCGAGGCUGGUUUUCAGAUGGUGGCCUGCAACUCUACUGGAACGGCUGCAUUCGUCAACCAGUACAGAGAUGACAAGAUCUGGAGCAGCUACACGGAGUACAUCUUCUUCAGUAAGUGACAGAGUAGCUCUUGCAAACCUGCCUGCGCUAGUGCACUCCACUCCUAAUUUCCUUUUCGUGUAUUUGAGUAUUACCAACCUUGUUCCCAAGGGAUACAGGGGCAUGUUUCACAACA